GAUGACCACCACACUUCACACGUACAUGCACACAAGGCAGCGAGGUGCACACACCUGCCAAGUUUACACAGCUGCGAAGUAUACACAGGUGUGUUAUACACGCUGAAGGUUCGUCAGGAAUUUUCCUGCUGAGGCAUUUGCUGUAGGAGUAGUGAGGUGACCUGUACUGUGUAGUGACCUGUGCUGUAACAGUCCUGUGUAGUGACCUGUGCUGUAGCAGUCCUGUGUAGUGACCUGUGCUGUAGCAGUCCUGUGUAGUGACCUGUGCUGUAGCAGUCACUGUAUCCUGUAGCAACUUGAAAAAUACAUCAAUAACAACGAGAUGGAGAACACGACUGAACACGAGGCUGCCUUUAAGAUGAACAGUAUCUUCUUCCAAGAGAAGAGAACACCUGGAGAGGUCAAGGAGCUGUACUCCCAGUUUUCUCAGACCUACGAACAGCUGAUGAACUCGCGUACGUACGCUGGGCCGAGGGUAGCGGCUGAGGAGAUUGCCAGGCUGGUGCCACAAGAGUGCCGCAAGGAUGCCAGGGUGCUAGACGUCGCUGCUGGCACUGGCAAGGUGGGCCAGGAGCUGUACAAACGAGGUUUCACGUGGCUGGAUGCUGUGGAACCAUCCACAGGGAUGCUGGAGAUCCUCUACAAGACACAACCUACAUUCCUUACAAGACACACUGCAGUGAAAGUUCCUUGA